CGAACACCACGUCUACAAAUGAUCACUCCCGGAAGUACUUCGGUCUCUUCUUAGAUAGACUCCGUUCACUUCCGUUUUCGCCCUCCCCUUCUCGUACGGCCACGCCGCAAGUGGAAGCCGGCGCGUCUUCGGCUACCUGGCAGCUUCGCCUUCCGUGCUUGUGGUUGAGUCCCGGUCUUGGAGAUGUUGCUGCGCCGCUGUCCGGGCUCUGGUGCCUGCGGAGGCUCGUUGGCGGCCGGGUUGUUGUUGUUCCUGCACCUCAGCUGGGCGGUCCGCGCCUCGGAGAUUACCUUCGAAUUGCCCGAUAAUGCCAAGCAGUGCUUCUACGAGGAUAUCGUGCAGGGCACCAAGUGCACCUUGGAAUUUCAGGUGAUUACUGGAGGACACUAUGAUGUCGAUUGCCGCUUAGAAGAUCCAGAUGGGAUUGUGCUAUAUAAAGAAAUGAAGAAACAAUAUGAUAGUUUUACCUUUACCGCAUCUAGAAAUGGAACAUACAAAUUUUGUUUCAGCAAUGAGUUUUCAACUUUCACACACAAAACAGUAUACUUUGAUUUUCAAGUUGGAGAUGACCCCCCUCUCUUUCCUAGUGAAAACAGAGUCACUGCACUCACUCAGAUGGAGUCAGCGUGUGUUUCAAUUCAUGAAGCUCUAAAAUCCGUCAUUGAUUAUCAGACACAUUUUCGACUGAGGGAAGCACAAGGCCGUAGCCGAGCAGAAGACUUAAACACACGAGUGGCUUAUUGGUCAAUAGGCGAAGCCAUCAUUCUGCUUGUAGUUAGCAUUGGGCAGGUAUUUCUUCUCAAAAGCUUCUUCUCUGACAAAAGAACCACUACAACUCGUGUUGGAUCAUAACAAGCUUCAUAUCCAUUGUUUGAAAAAUAUACUAUUAUUUGAAUGAGUUCUAGUUAAAGAACAAUUAAGUACAGGGAACAUUUUAAAUACCUUUAGCCUUCUCACUUCAAAGUUCUGAAAUUCAUACUCUCAAAAGCUGUCACAGAAAAAAAAAGACAGCCUUUUAUUUGUUAUACAUUGGAGUUUUCUUUUGCAUCUGCUGAGAAAUCUAAUAGUUGCUAGUUUUUUAACAAAUGAGACUUGUUUGUAAGUACUUAGUGCUUUAAGAAAAUCCUUUAAGUAGUUAAUUAAAAGAUUGUCCUUAUGAAUGAAAAAAAAGCCUGACCUUGCAAGUUGAAGCAUUGAAAUGAAAACUAAAACACAUAAUAAUAGUCUCAAAGUCUUGUACUGCACUGUUUUGAGUGUCUAUGGAAAUUCUAGGGUCUUGAAUCAGUUAUUGGGGUGUAUAUAGAUAUAUAAAUAUAUAUUAUUUUACUCUUACCAAUUUUAGAGUCCUGGGGAAAAAACAAUUUCCUAUGCAUUGAAAGGUUAUCAUUUUUGCAUUUUGCUUUUUAAAUUAAAUAAUGGGGAAAAUGCCUUCUAAUUCUUGAAGCUGAGUCUUUGAGUGUUGCUGUUGCUGCUGCCUUGAGAACUAAAUCAGUCAGCUUUGACACGAACCAUAUAAAUUUUGGAAUCUGAUGUUUUCACUUGAACUUGAUAGGACUAAGUAAAAAUGCACUGGUUUAAGUAACUUGCAGCUAAAAUUUAGCCUUGUAGUCUCUAAUAUUAAAUCAGAGCUGUUCAACCGUAUGCCCUUUAGAUGUUUGUAACUAUAAUUCCCAUAAAUUUUAAAGACGGUCAGUAAUCAUGGGAGUUACAAUCCAAGAGAUUUGGAGACUGCCAUGUUAAAUAAGAUAGGAUUGCAGGGCCAUAAGUGGCUCGAGGGUUUUGUUCUAAAUAAUUGAUUUAUUAAGCAAUGUAUGCAGAUGCUGGAUGUAUGUGGAUUAAUUUGCUGAUUAAACAUUCUAAAUAGAUGGGGAUAGUACGGUACUAUAUUACCCUAUCCUACCAGUUUUAUGCUAAAAGGCUACUUUUUGAAGUAGCUCACAAGAUUGGGGAGAAUGAGAGAUUUUGCCAUAUAAUUGCUAGUUCUACUAUACCUGCUUUCCAACAUCACAAAUGCUUUUAUGGGUUUUUAAGAUUGUACAACAUUAUUUCAGAAUGCUCAAAAGAAAUUAACAUUACCACCAUAACCAUACACAUUAAAGGUAAGCUUCAUUCCUCUUAGUAAAACUGGCAUCUUCUAAAUGGAUAACAAGGCUUGUCUGAAAGGAUGAAGAAAGAAUUUGUAGUGGUUGAAAAAAAUAUGAAUACCACUAUGCUUAAGGGUUAACACUCACUAAAAUAAGCGAUAUUUUAUAGUACAUUUGUGCAGCGAAUUCACCAAUUUUCCCCUUUGUAGAUAUUCUGUAAGCACAUUUUGCAUUUUUUUCUGUAUGCGCUACCUGAUUAUGCUGUAAAAGGAUGAGAGAUGCUCUGUCAUGGAGUCUGACUAAGUGACGAUGCUAAAAAUGCCUAAUAUUUCCCCUUAGUUUGUGGAUGUGGCUUUUUAGAAAAUAGAGCAUUGAUGUGUUUAGAGAUGGGGAAUAUUCCCGUGCUGUAUUUGUUUAACAUUCUGCUAUAAUAGCUUGCUGUAGAAGGUGCUUGGUCUUUCACUUGAGCUUGCAGAAAAUAAAUUUAUUGAAUGUACUUGUUGUUUCUUGUAAAGGUCAACUACAUGCAAUUUGUGAAAACAGUAAUUAAAUCAGUUUUUAGAAUGAGCUGCUUUACCUUCCAUUCCUUUUAAUGAUUUAUAUUCAAGAGACCCAUAGAAAUCCUGUAAAACGAAGAUUGGCAGAAGUGGUAUUUAGCCAUAAAUCUGAGGAACUCAUAAGGGCCUAUCUGUUCAGACUAAAGUUGUAUACUUUUUUUUGUAAAUAGGUCAGUGAGAGUUUCUUUAGUUUUACUUUUUUUUUAUUCCAAAGUUUGGCCAUCUGUAUCAAACUGGUUACGUAUAUGAUGGAGAAAAGGCUCAUAACCAUGGCCUAAUUUCUGAAUUUGUAACAAACAGUUGACAGGAUAUAAUUCAAGGAUAAAAAUGCAUAUUUGGUGACUUCCCAAUAUGGAUAUAAAUAUUUUUCAAGGUUCUAGGUGUUUGCCCUGCAUUAUUUCAGUCCAAUCAUACUUAUUUUAGGCACAUUGUAUGAAUUUUGCAUCUAGUUCUUUAAUUUAUAAUAAUAAAUUUGGCUGUUCUUUUUGUAGGAUAGGGUUUGGGACAGUGGCUUAACUAUUUGGAUUCUGUCUAAAUUAUCUUGUAUCUUGCUGCAGUUUAUAUUUUUUCAAUGUUCCUUUCUCAUAUUUCAGAAAUUUGAAAGUUGCCACAAUUGGUUCUAACAGGCAUUAUUAUUAGCAGUGGUUAAUAGACAAAAGCAGAUUCCAAAGCAAGUUUUAAAAUGUCUGUAAACACAAUUUGGUCAUAAGAAUUAUUCAAAGACUCAGAUAUAUACAAUUAAAAUAGUUUAACCAUAUCAUGGUUCCAGGUUUUUUGAUUUCAUUUUCUUGAAGCCCAUAUAUAUGUACAAUAUGAUGUGUUCGGUUCUUAAUAAAAACCUUUGGUGUCAGUAAGACAAAAAAUAGCCCUGUGAAAUUAUACAUGAAAUAAUAAAAUUAAUAUAAGAUUC